GUACGUACGCGAAACACAAAAACCCCGAACGAAUGCUUCAGUCGGUCGAACGGCUUACGCAGGAGCUGGUGUCCCAGUUGGAAGAACGGCACGUGCGUACUAACCCGGAGGAAUGCAGUUCGAUCGUUACCGGCAUACAGUUCAAGAUAGGCGAAAAGGUAACAACGGGGCCGGGUGGAACGGUUGCCUUGGCGCUGAACGAUCGUCUGCACGGUGAUCCGCGGGUGGGAUUGAUUGUGGACGAUGAAGGCAAUCUGUAGAGCGAAGAACCACCAUCCAUUCUGUAUCAAAUGUCGAUGCCGUUUGUGCAGCACAUCCCGGUCGUGCUUAAUUCAAUCGAUUGCAUCUCGCUUGCGCCUUUAGAAGAGCGGACGACGCCGGUGGUGACGACCACGACAACCACGACAAUGACUACGGUGGUGACGGCAACGGCGACGGCAACGACGACGACGACGGUGGCGACGAGUCGGGUAAUCAAGCCUGUGCGCGUCGUAUCCAAUCCCGGCUCACCGAGGACGCGAAAGUUACAGCGUGAAUCUUCCAUCAACAAAGAGGCGGAUGAGUCCAAGGUUAAACCCAUAAAAAUCCAAGAUGUGAAAAGUGUGAAGAAAGAGCAACAGACCAAAAUCGCCAAACCGGUAGUGGAAACCGUUACGAAGGUUUCCCGCGUUCGGCAACCAGUAGUGCCAAAGGGUGGCUCCAUUAUUACCGGCAGAACACCGGCAAAAACCUUCCAUCGGCAGUCCCAUCCAUCGUCCGGUUGCGAAACCACUCGCCACAAAACC